CUCCGAUGUAAACAAACGUGUAAACAUCGGUUAAAUAACAUCACUGUUUUUGCUUAGUUUGCGUGCCGAAAUGAGCCGAACGGGAAAAGUGUCCUUUUUCCUCACGGAGGCAGGCCGGCAGGUUGUGUUUUACGGUGCCACCACCGUUGCGAUAGGACUAUUCGCCGGCCAUUACUUCCCGCACUCGAUUUGCAUCUCCUACUACAAGGAGUUUGUGCAAGCGUACAAAAAUGGCGAGGAGCGAAAGCUGUCGGAGAAGCUCGAGCAGCGAUACAAGCGUGCCCUCAGCCUGCUCGACCUGUCGGAGUUUGAGCGCAAGUUUGCCAAACCGUUCGUCGUGUACGGGUUCGACGUGUUCAAUGCGGGCUCGUUCAAAACGCGGUACGGUGCGUACGUCGGCAUUCCGUCCAACUUCGAGUACGACAGCGCCGCCGCGAUCGACCGGACGGACAUAAAGAUCCGCAACCAACCGAUCGACUGGGGCACGGAGGCGGGCCGAUUACUGGAAGACGCUCUCGUGCUGACCGAGGACGAGCAGGUGUUUGGCAUUGCCCGGGAGCUGCUCACGAUGAAGACGCACAAAUCGCUCAUCCAAUCGAUCAUACCGACCGUCUCGUGGAUGUUCACCUACAGCCUGGCGUCGCAGCUGAACGAGCGGUGCAACUUUUACGCCCGGCCUCGGUCACUGCGCCUCAUCCUGUACACGAUCUGCGGGCUGUUCGGCUUUGGCAUCUACUCCUUUUCCACCGACAUGACGGAAAUCUACUACGAAACGGACGUCGACAAGCAGAUGGCUGCGCUCGGACCGGAUGUGGUCGAUGCCGGUGCCCGAUUUUACGACAAGGUGCUGAAGAAAAACAUUGCCAUCCGGAAGCUGACCGGCGAGGAUUACUACACGGCGAAGGGCAACGUGAACUACAUGCUCCGCCAGAAAGCGGCACCGCUAACACUGAGGAAAGAAUUUUUCCAGACCGGCUACAAGGACUACGUCGGCACGGAAGAAACGAGUUAAAUGACGAGUGGUUGAUUUUGGUUUUUAGUUUGCAAUAAAACGAGAUAGUGUGGCAUUUUUGAA